UGACAGAGCCGGCUAAUUCGUGGUUACAAAAUGCGGACGAGAUUUUGGCAAAAUGUCCACGCUCUGGUUCUGAUAUGUGUCUGGAUGUCUUGGUGUUCUUGUAAGGAAGAGAUACUUUGUCGAUGGAAACGACUUACAUGCAGUAGCCCGAAAACGAUUCGUGUGCAUGACGUCAUUUAUGGUCACGUGGUGGGACGGAAUGAGUGUAAUACGCAUCCUCAAACCAACUGUACCGCUCCAGAUGGAUUUUGUGCGGUUGGUGAGAAGAUAGAGGGGAAGUCAUGGCCAGGUGGUUUAAAUCCAAGUACAACUAUACGUCCUCCACCUUGUGGAGGAUCCGGUAUUUACAUCAUUGUUAACUAUUCCUGUAAAGAGAAAACAACACUGUCAGGAGAGAACUUUGCCUUGGAAAGACCAACAAGUCAAUCGAAGACCGAGGAAGGUGGAAGUGCGUCAAGAGCUGUAGAUGGGAAAGCAUGGAAGAACUACAACUCUCGUUCAUGUACUCAUACAGGUGAAGAUGCAAAUCCGUGGUGGCGAGUGGAAUUACAGCAACGUAUUUUAGUAGCCAAUGUUAAAAUAACAAAUAGAAACUACCACGGCGAGAGACUUUGUGGAUUUGAGAUAAGAAUUGGAGACAGCUUGCGAAAUAACGGAACUACGAACACGAGAUGUGGAGCUCAGCAAUAUAUUCCAAAGAAUAUGGAUGGUAUCGUCUCGUGUGAGCCUGCAGGAGUGGUUGGUCGUUAUGUGACGAUAUUAAUUCCAGGAGAUAGGAAAAUACUGACAUUGUGUGAGGUCGAGGUCUAUGGUACUGGUAUCUUAGGGAACCAAAAUCGUACGAAACUUCAGUUGGAUGGUUCAAAUCAUCCUUACGAAGGACGCAUCGUGGAGAAAGGAGCAACAUUUUGCGAUUCUAAGUGGUCCUUUAAUGAUGCGAAUGUUGCAUGUGUACAGUUAGGAUACAUUGGUGCUGAUGCAAGACAUUGGAAUAAUUCUUACUUUGGAGAAAGCGAUAGUUCAUCUUUUGAGAAAACACACAAUUGUUUGGGCACUGAGGGUUCCUUAAUGGAGUGUCCUCGGAUAAUUGAUAGCAAGAAAACCUGUGAGAAGCAGAAUGCAGUCAGUGUAACAUGCCAACCAUACAUCCGUCUACGUGGUUCCAAUAUUCCUCUUAUGGGUCGAGUUGAAGUUUUUCACCGAGGGAUCUGGGGGACAAUUUGUGGAUACGACGAGGGUUACUUCAGAGAUGCGGAUGCCCGAGUUGCAUGUCGGGAGCUUGGUUUUUAUGACGUGGUAGAGCAUGGUAUUUGGAAAUAUCCUGUCGCCACUGGAAAGGUUUGGUUAAGAUUCGUUUUCUGUCAGAAUGACUCGAAAUCCUUGGUGUUCUGCUCACAUGAUAACUGGGGAAACACUGGUUGUUCACAUCACUGGGAUGUGUACAUAAAAUGUUCCAUUUGUCGCAAUAGCCUUCUUCAAGACGUUGCCUCGUUCCCAAACUCAGUGUUCAACGCCAGUGCAGCAGUGUAUCCAGAUUUUGGUCCCAGUUCAGCGCGGUUGUACAACACUCAUCCUUGGUGUCUACCCGAAAGCAAUACUGACAAGAAUCAAUACCUCGAGAUUAAUCUCCCAGGAAUUUUCUCCUUGUCGGCAGUUGCUACUGUCGGAGGAACAAAUUUGGGUUACGUGACGUCAUAUAUGCUGUCUUACAGGGUCAAUGGAUACUCGUGGAAAUAUGCAACCGUUGGGACACAAGAGAUAAUAUAUGGUAACACUAAUGAUGAAACUCACAAUGUCAUAAGAAGAGAUCUAGACACAGCCAUCCACGCAGAGAGGGUCAGAUUUAUUCCAAAAACAUGGCAACGCGCUCCUUGCAUGCGCGUUGAACUCUGUGGACAAGAGUUACCUCGAUGCAAUCCAGCAAACAUCACAGCUGAAAGCAUAACAUCCAAUUCUGUGUGGAUAUCAUGGCUCUGGCUACGACUUCCGAAAAACAACACCCUACACAAUAAUUAUUCAUUGACUGUAAAAACAGAGGACAGGAAGACCCAAUAUUUCAACUCUACUGAACUAACGUCUGUAUUCGUACCAAACUUGUCGCCAUAUCGCCAAUAUUUUUACACAGUAAAAGCAAUUGGUUUAACGGAUUGUUUUGAUGGCAACUUGGAGUUCAUGUUUCGAACCAAACAAGCUGCACCAAGUGGACCACCAACAGGAAUCCAUGUGAAGCACCUUAAUUCUACUAGUGUUCGCAUCAGUUGGUUACGACCAGAAGCAAACCAGCAGAAUGGAAUCAUCUCAUCAUAUCAAUUGUGUUACUCUGAUAAGAAUUUACAAAACAAUUGCUCUGCUAUGGGAAACGUUUCACAUAUUAACACCGGUGAGAUUUCUGCGACGCUACAACAGUUAGAACCUGGGGUUGUUUACUACUUCAGAAUUCGGGCAAAUACCACGGCAGGUGCUGGUCCAUAUUCCAAAGAAUAUAGGAUGAUAACUAGUUCAGGCGACUUUCAUCAAUCUGAGGAUGUCAAUACGACAGCGAAUUCCUUUGCCGUGCAAUUUCAGCAACCGAAAAGAGAUUUCAGAUAUGUUCAGAUAAUUGUGAUGCAACUUGAAGACAACCAUCUUCCCAAACAUCCGCGCAAUUACACACCAGACAAAAUUUUGAUGCUCAACGAAACAGCCCCAAUUCUUAAACCUUACGUCACUGCAGAAAUGUCUGUUGGUCAAGUUCAUGAGCUCAAGACUUUUGUUAUUGGAGACGGAAUGAAUUAUGGGCGACUUACCAAGAAAAGACGUCGGAAGGCGGAGAUCUUUGCGAAGAGAUACGAUGAAAAUGGAGAACAAGAACUGGGAGAUAAAAGAACAAGCAGGUCAUUAAAAGCAACCUUGUUUUACAACAGACCUUUGGUGCCAGAUGCGUUUUAUUCUGCAUUUCAACGAACGUAUAUAAAUGAGGAUACGUAUUACUCAAGUUCAUGGUGUGAGCCUGUGAGAACAAACACGAAGGACAAUGAAAAUGCUGAAAGAAUGGAUACUAGUACGCCAGGAUCUGGAGCGCUGAUUGGAAUUGGAGUUGGUGUCGCCGUGAUCUUUAUUAUUCUCCUAAUUCUUCUUAUUUUGUUUCUCCUGAAGCGAAAGAAAAAGAAAAUGGAAAAGACCAACAGUCGUGUCAAAAUUAUCGAGAGAAACCAGAGCAUUGGAAACCUACAAGGGGAAGUGGAAUAUGAAAAUUACAACGACAGCAAUCAGUACAUGGCUAUGGACGAUCUUGAUGCUGGCGACCGAGACACAGACUCGGAAACGGACGCUGCCGGGGAUAACCCGGUUAACUACGACAAUACAGACACUCUUUAUGGCAAUGCGAAAGUGACAGAGACUCGUGAUCCAUUCCGUAUGGUGCCCGCUGAGGAGUUUCAGAGUUACGUCCAAGACUUGAAGAAGAACGACAAUUUCGGAUUUGAUAAUCAGUUUAAGGAAUUGCCCCAAGGGAUAAGUUAUCCUUGUACCAUUGCAAAAAGUCCUGAAAAUAAAUCUAAAAACAGAUACGGCAACAUUGUGUCUUAUGACGAUGCCUUGGUGACGUUGACCGAUAAUGGCCAAGUUUCCUACAUCAAUGCUAGUUUUAUAACAGGAGUUAAACCAAGAUCAUAUAUCGCUACACAAGGGCCAACAACGAAAACUGUUUCGACCUUUUGGGAAAUGAUUUGGGAACAAGAAUGUUCAAUUAUUGUCAUGUUGACAAACUUGAAAGAAAAAGAAAAGGUAAAAUGUGCCAAAUAUUGGACAGAAUCUUCCAAAGCGUUUGGGAAGAUCUUUUUAACUUUCCAGGGAAAAGAAUUGUUUCCAUAUUAUGUCAUUCGUAAAUUUCUUUUGGAAAAGGAUGAAAGCGAAAGAUAUGUAACUCAAUUCCACUUCACCGCUUGGCCAGAUCACGGUGUACCUAAAUAUCCUACUCAGCUCCUAGCAUUUCAACACGCACUCAGGUCACCAGGAGUUGAAAUAAACGGACCGAUAGUUGUCCAUUGUAGCGCUGGCGUUGGUCGAACAGGGACAUUCAUCGCCAUAGAUCAUUCCUUAGAAAACUUCUUUCAUCAAGAUCAACGUUCAGUUGAUGUGUUCCAUAUUGUCCAGGAAAUGAGAAAAUGCAGAGUUAAUAUGAUUCAAACAUUGGAGCAAUAUAUUCUGGUUCACGAGGCAAUAUUAGAGUUUAUUUUGUUUGGGUUUAAUGAAUUGGAGGGCAAUGCUCUAGAACAUGCCAUUCAACAGCUAAAGAAAACUAAUCCGUCGACAAAACAAACAGGAUUUGCAGAGAUCUUCCAGCGCCUUAGAAGUUUCUCUCCUGUGCUCACAAAACAAGAAUGCAAGACAGCCACGUUAGAUCGAAACAGUUGUAAAAAUCGCACGAAGGAGAUAUGUCCAGCUGAUUUUGCAAGGGUCACGUUGUCAUCUAGUAUAUCUAGCUCUGAUUAUAUCAAUGCAACGUUUGUUGAUGGUUUUCAACAAAAAAACGCGUACAUAGCAACCGACUGUCCCCUUGCCAACACCUUUGAUGAUUUCUGGCAGAUGAUUUAUGAACAACGAUCACCUUUGGUGGUAAUGUUGAACAACUGGAAGGAGGGGCGCGAGAAAUAUACAGAAUAUUUUCCAACUGAGGAGGGGUAUACCACAAAAUAUGGCAAUUUUUACGUCCGACUCGACGAACAAGUUUCUGAUAAAGCAAUUAUCUUCAGAAAAUUUUCCAUCUCUAUGUCCUCGAAUUUCGAGAGUCCAAAUGUUGUUCGUCAUUUUCAAUACACGCAGUGGCCAAAACGAACGGUUCCUGACAAGCCAGACGAUAUUCUUCAACUCAUACACACCAUCCAGACUGCACAAAGAAAGAACACACAAGGACCCAUGGUUGUUCAUUGCGGGAACGGAGCGGGCAGAACGGGUACUUUCGUUACAAUCAGUAUUUGCAUGGAAAGACUAAAAAUCGAGCAACGAGUUGACGUGUUCCAGUGUAUUAAACUGAUCCGGGAACAUCGACCACAGUUUGUUGAAAACGAGCUUCAACUGCAGUUCUGUUACGAAGUUCUUGCGAAAUUCAUCGAAUCGUUCGAAGGAUAUUCAAACUUUCUCGCCACUGAUUGAUUUCAGUUGAAGGAAAGAUAAGUUCUCAUCAUCAACCAUUGCAUUUAUAGCAUUAAAACACGAAAUUAUCACAUUCAUUAAGGGAUUCAGUACAAAUAAACUACAGUAUAGAUUAAGGUAUAGAAUUCAUUACGCCCCUGUAUUCCCAUCAGGAUAAUCUUAUGGAAUAGAUAUGGAUUUUCUAUUUAACAUACUUCAACCUAACAUAAAAAGGCAACUAAUGACCCGUAAAUCAGUUUACAUUGAAAGAAAGAGAAACGUUUGUAAAAUUAAGUGUAAAAUUAUUAAACACUUCUGACGUAGUCAGGAUU